AUGGAUCAUCAAUUCACCUCCAUUUCCUCCCCUCUCUCACACUAUCCCACACGACCAACCAGCGACACCUCAAGUUUACGAACCACCUCCCCACCAUUAUCACCGAUCAGCACAACAACUGCAUUCCACCGCCAGACCCAAUAUAACCUCUUCAACCUAUCAUUUCACCCCACCGCACCCUCAAAAGAAGAUGCUGGCACAAUGUCACAACAAACCCGGUGUGUGAAUCAUCCUCCCUCCACAGUUCUCCGAGGCCGUUCUUCACAGACUGUGCUGCGCCGUCGACCAUCUGCCAUUGAUAUGGCACUUAGUGAGGAGCGGUCUCGCUGUGACGGGGAUUCUAUUGAGCGGAAGGGACUGGAUCUUAUGGAGCCGCGCCCCGUGGACGUCAAUGCCAAUGCCAAUGCUACUUUGACAGCUCUUUCUGGCUCUCGUUUGCGCCAACGCCAUUCGAGUGUGCAUUUACGGAGUGAGAAUACCAUUGAUGGUGGAGCUGAUACUGGUCGUGUGCAGCAACCGAAGUUUGUUCUUGGUGGUAUCUUUGAGGUUAUGGAAGGACAGACUUAG